AUGCCAUUCUGUAUGCAUAUUCUGACAUCCGAAAGUUUACCUGAGGAGAAGGAUGCAGUUUUACAUAUGUAUGGAGCCGUGGCUGAUUUGUUGCUAAAAAAAGAAGCUUAUAAAUCCCAUCUUGAACCCUUUCUUCUUGCCCACGUCUUACCAACCCUCCAUGCCGCUGAGGGAUACAGAAGAGCACGAGCUUGUUGGCUGAUUGGCAAGUUGUCGGAUGCUAAUUUCAGUGACCAAAACGUGUUCAUGCAAGUUGUUGAAGAAGUGCGAAAGUCACUAUUCACUGAUCAGGAGUUACCAGUCCGAGCUUUUGCCGCUUUGUGCUUAUCUGAUUUGAUAAGAUCCCAGGACCAAGCUCACAAGAUUCUAACUCCUCACCUUCGCGAAUUGAUUCUGCAACUCCUCAAGCUCCUUCGUGAAACUGAAUUCGAUGAUCUGAAUCAGGUUAUAGAGCGUCUAAUGCUCUCAUUUGAAAAAGAAAUUCCUCCAAUCGCGGUCGAAGUGAUGCAAAACCUGUGUUUUACUUUUAUGCAGUUGGUGCAUUCAGGUGAGAACGGGUUUGCAGACGAACGUGGCGACUCCGAAGAUGCUUUCGAAUAUCGCUCAGUCGUUGCCACAAGUGUACUGGACAAUAUGGAAUCCAUGCUGCAGAUCGCCGAAGAGCAUAAUGGUCUCGUCCAGGAACUACAGCCUAUAGUUGUCCAGCAAAUACAAACUAUAUUCGACCGGGAGUUGUCCAUAUUUUAUGAGGAGGCGCUCAGUUUGCUUUUCUCGCUCACUUCGUCAAAGAUAUCUCCACUCAUGUGGCAAAUGUUCGAUCAGCUUUACGUUGUCUUUCAAAAAGACUCAGGGGACUGCUUCUCUGAAAUGAUGCCUUGUUUGCACAAUUACAUCAGUGUCGAUCAACCGAUGUUCAUUUCCGAUCCGAAACGCGUGGAUGCUGUGUUCGCCAUGUGUUCCCAGAUUAUACAGGACGAUGAACAUAGUGAAACUGUCCAAAUGCACGCCGCUAAACUCCUUGAGGUGCUUCUGUUGGAUUUCCGUGGUCAGAUUGAUUCAUAUGCGCCCAAGUUCAUUGAAUUGGCACUGACACGUCUCACUCGUCCGAUUUCAUCCACCGAACUGCGUGUAAUGUGUAUUCAGGUUGUCAUCGCCGGACUGUUGUACUCACCUACUGGCGUCCUCCCAAUCAUGAUCGAACACCACUGGCCAGGAACUUCCAUCCCCGUUCUAUCAGAAUUCUUGAAGUUGUGGUUGCAUGACGUGGAUUGUUUCUUCGGGCUGCACGAUCGCCGUCUUUGUGUAUUUGGGUUAUGUCUUCUGUUAUCCCUACCGGCUGCUCAGCGCCCAUCCGCCGUGGAAGCUAUUUCGAAGGAAUUUAUGCCCAAUCUUCUUUUACUCUUCGCCGGGUUGAAACGGGCAUAUGCUACCAAGGCCCAAAACCAGGCUGAAGAUGAUUCGGACGAGGAAGAUGAGGAUGAGGAAGAGGAUGAUUUGGAAGAAAAAGCCCUUGGCAGUGACGAAGAUGAGGUGGAUGAGGAGGGGGCCUCCUAUUUGGAAAUGCUUGAGUCUGGGGAUGAUGAUUCCGAUGCUGAUGAUGACGACGACGAUGAAGAUGAGGAAACCGUUUUAGAAGCUUUCGAAACAGAGCUAGACAAAUCAGAACGGGACAUGGAUGAAUAUGUGACUUUUUAUCGAGUCAUGACGGAAUUAGAACAAACGGAUCCUACCUGGUACGGUUUGCUCAUCGGUAACCUGACGGCUGAACAGCAAACCGAACUGAAAGAAGUAAUUAGCACAGCUGUAAAGUGCAUUCAGCAGAAAGAAUCUAAAAUGAUCGAACAAGCCGGUGGUUACGUUUUUCAGCCGACGAUUCCCUCAAGUUUUGACUUUGGCGCAGGUCAAGGCACACAGCCCCGUUGA